GCGCGGGGCCGGAUUGUGUGGUUCCUGGGCCGUGGGAGCUCCAGCGACAGACAGACAGACACACUGACAGCAAGCAAGCAACCUCCCACCCCACCACUCCCGACGACCACGGCGCAGCCCUCCGAUGCCGACCUGAACGAUGAACGGCGUUAUUGAGGCGCUGCACAUUUACGAUGAGCACAACCAUGCCAUCCUGUCGCACACGUACACCUCCCGCCCGCUGUCGGCGCAGCACCUCCUGCCCCUCUACCUAGAGCACCCGGCCCCGCGCCCGAACCUCGUCUACCUCGCCAACACGAACCCGCCGACGCUCGUCUUCAGCCUCAAGCACGCCAACCUGCUGUUCCUGGCCACCUCGUCCUCCGAGAUCGAACCCCUGCUCGUCCUCGAGUUCAUCCACCGCAUCGUCGACGUCUUUGAGGAGUUCCUCGGCGCGCCCCUGUUGGCGCACAAGAUUGAGAGCAGCUACGAUGUUGUUGCGCAGCUGCUCAACGAGAUGUGUGACGCGGGAACGAUCAACACGACGGAACCGAACGCGCUGAGGGAUUUGGUCGAGGUUGAGGGAUGGGUGGGCAAGUUGCUUGGCAGCAUCACCUUGCCGGGGAAACCUGGCAACUUUGGCACGGGCUUCGCCAACCCGAGUACACCGUCCCUGAUCGCCCAGAAUACCCCAGCAUUACCCUGGCGUAGGGCCAAUGUGCGGCAUACGUCCAACGAGAUGUACGCGGACAUCGUCGAGACCUUGACCGUCACUCUCGCUCCCUCAGGGCGGCCACUGGCAGCAUUUGCAAACGGAACGAUAGCCUUCACGUGCAAGGUGUCAGGCAUGCCCGACAUUGUCAUGACAUUAACGAGCCCCUCUGGAAAACACAAUCUGGCCGGUUUCAUGGAUCUCCCUGUAUUUCACCCGUGCGUCCGUCUGUCACGGUGGAAAGAACGACCUGGUGAGCUCAGCUUUGUACCGCCAGACGGCCGAUUCAUCCUGGCCAGCUACGAAGUCGACUUGCUACCCUUCACGAACGGCAAGAGCGGUAGCUUAAGUGCGAAUAACCUCAAGCUACCUGUCAACAUUGAGAUGAAGACGGGCUUGGGUCUUACGGGCUCCGACUUUGAGGUGCGGUUACACGUCAACAAGGUGCUUGGAGCCGGUGGCCCCUCAUCAGCAAAUCAGUAUGGCAGAGGUGGUGGUGGCGGUGGCGGUGGGGGAGCAGGUCGAGGCUUCGGGGGCCCCCAUCCCGGGACUCCCUCAUCGCCUCUGAUGGAGGACCUGAUCGUCACGGUGCCGUUGCCGGCAGAGGUUAGGAAUCUCUCCGAGUUGCGGCCCAGCAAGGGAGAUGCGACCUUCAACCCCAGCGAAAGGGUCCUCGAAUGGCACGUCCCCACCAAGCAGAUAUCCUCUGGCACGUCCUACUUUGGUCUCAGGUGCACCGUGGUGGGCCAGCUGCCGGACGAGGACGAGGACGAGCUCGACCCCAACGGGUUCGGAUUCGGCAAGGCGUACGGCUACGAUGAGCAGCCGUACCAGAGCAGCAGCAGUCCCACCCGGGCGAAGAAGACGGCCGACGGCGGCAAAGAGGAGAACGAAAAGGACGCGAAGAAGGUGGCGCAGAAUAAGAUGCUGAUGCCGAGCUCGGCGUCGGUGAGCUUCUCGGUCAAGGGGUGGCUGCCGAGCGGGCUCAAGGUGGAGAGCAUCAUGAUUGACCCGCGCAAGAGUAAAGGCCUGGGGGAGAACGUGAAGCCGUAUAAGGGCGUCAAGUAUUUGACGGUCAGCAAGGGCGGUGUAGAGACGCGGUGUACCUUUACUCCAGUGUUUUCCUGGGUCUCCAGCUCACCUCUCAAUCCUCGGCCUCGGGACAUUCGCUCACCACUCUCUCCGCCGAGGCGCCGCCGCCGCCAAGGAGUACAAAAGGUCGGCAUGAUAACACCAUGGCUCGAAGCCUUCCCCCGAACCGCGAAACCCAUCAUUGAGGAAAUCGACCACUACAUGGGCUUCAAGCUCUCCGACGUCAUCGCCGAAGGGCCCAGCAAACUGCUGACCAAGACCCCCAACGCCCAGCCGGCCAUCAUGGCGACCUCGAUCCUGAUCCUGCGCAUCCUCGAGCGCGAGUUCGACUUUGACGUCGCGCGCCGCGUCGACGUGACGCUCGGCCACUCUCUGGGCGAGUUCGCCGCCCUCGUGGCGGGCGGCUACCUCGAGUUCGAGGACAGCCUGUACCUCGUCCGGAAGCGGGCCGAGGCCAUGGCGGAGGCGACGCGGCGGGCCGUGGAGACGUACGGCGGGGAGUACGGCAUGGUGGCCAUCGUCACGGAGCCCGAGUACCUGGGCCCGCUGAUCGCGGCGAUACACGACUUUGUGGGCCACUCGAGCGCCGGGUCAAAGGGGGAGAGCUCCGAGGACGUGCCGCCUAUUGAGCAGGUGCUCAUCGCCAACGUGAAUAGCAAGAACCAGAUUGUGCUGAGCGGGAAUAUCGAGCGGAUCAAGACGCUUUCGACGCAUGUUAGGCAGUUUCUGGGCCACGACCCCCGCGCGGUGCGGUUGAAUAGCGAUAGCCCGUUUCACAGCCCGCUGAUGAAGCCCGCCGUCGGGGUGAUGCAGAAGAUCUUGUCGAGGAAGAGCCGCGUCAAGGGCCGUGAGGCGGAGGAUAUUAUUACGUUUCCCGGGCGGUUGCCGUGCAUUAGCAACGUGAGCGCGCGGCCUUUUGAGAGCAGGGAGGACGUCAAGGAUCUGCUGGCGCGGCAGUGUCUGGAGACGGUGCGGUGGUGGGACAGCAUCAAGUACCUCGACCAGGAGGAGAAGGUGCGGCGCUGGAUCGGUAUCGGGCCGGGGAAAGUUGGGCGGAAUCUUGUUGGUAAAGAGGUUGGUAUGAGGGGCAAGGACUCGGUCAAGGGCGGCGGCGUGUGGGCGAUUACGGACCCGAGUGAGAUUGAGGAGAUGUUGAGGGGUUUGGAGGAGACGGAAGGGUUGUCGGAUGAGGAGAUUGAGUGAGGGAGGGCCUAUGGUCUACGAUGAUGAUCGUCUGUUCUGUUUCUUGGUGCAAAAUUUGGGAAAUGGGGGCUAUCAAGGGCGCUUUUUCCACAACUUUUCUCGAUGGGCAUGUUACCUAGCUCAUGAGAAGGAGGUCGGGCUUCUACGCCUUCGUUAUGGAGACUGGAGUAAUGGUUUUAGUUUAGUUUGGGUGUAAUACUACUUCUCUACAAAGGGGAAACAUCAUAUGACUCAUUCUAUGCAGUUCUGGAGAAUUACUUUCAAUGCCUUCGUAACAUGUAAACCGU